AUGGCGAUGGUACCUAGGAAACUCUUGCACAGUAGGCAAGUGCAAUCUUUUCUCCUUUUCCUGUGCGUAUCUGUGGGGGGCGCGGCAACCAUCCGCUAUUCAGUGGCGGAGGAGAUGGAGAGCGGUUCUUUUGUAGCUAAUGUGGCAAAGGACCUGGGGCUGGAGGUAGGGAAACUGGCUGGACGCGGGGCAAGGCUUGUUUCCGAGGGCAACAAACUGCAUUUCCGGCUCCACCGCAAGACGGGGGAUCUGUUUGUAAAAGAGAAACUGGAUAGGGAGUCACUUUGUGGCAAGGCCGACCCAUGCGUUCUGCACUUUGAAAUAGUCUUAGGGGAGCCUCUGCAGUCCUUUCGCGCUGAGGUCAGGGUAUUUGAUAUCAAUGACAAUGCCCCAGUUUUCCUAAACAAGGAGCCGGUUUUAAAGAUUCCAGAGAGCACUCCUCUGGGUUCACGGUUUCCUCUGCAGAGUGCCCAGGACCUGGAUGUGGGUCUCAAUGGUCUCCAAAACUACACCUUGAGUGCCAACUCCUAUUUCCACCUGCACACCCGCUUCCGCAGUCACGGGCCCAAAUAUGCUGAGCUGGUGUUGGAUAAGCCCCUGGAUAGAGAGGAGCAGCCUGAAGUCAACUUGACAAUUACCGCGGUAGAUGGCGGGUCCCCACCCAAGUCUGGCAGUGCCCACAUCCGGGUGGAGGUCCUGGACGUCAACGACCACGUGCCCCAGUUCUCACGGCUGGUGUACCGUGCCCAGGUACCGGAAAAUAGCGCCAUUGGCACUUUGGUGGCCACGGUGACGGCCACUGACCUGGACGAAGGCUCCAAUAAGGAGAUAACUUACUCUUUAGCUCAAAACCCAGAACCUAUCCUCCAGACAUUUAAGAUUAACCCUCAAAAUGGGGAGGUCAGACUCCAGGGCCCUUUGGAUUUUGAAGCUGUUGAAACGUACGAUAUUGACAUUCAAGCUACGGAUGGCGGCGGCCUCUCUGCUCACAGCAAAGUCCUGGUAGAAGUGGUGGAUGUCAAUGACAAUCCUCCUGAAGUGACAGUCUCCUCUGUAUCCAGCCCUCUUCCUGAGGACUCCCCGCUACAGACUGUGGUGGCUCUUUUCUCUCUCCGAGACAGAGACGUUCGAGUAGGAGGGAAAAUCACGUGCUUCAUCAGAGAUGACCUUCCCUUCACUGUCAAGCCUACAUUCAGGAAUUCUUACUCGCUAGUCACUGACAGAAGUUUGGAUCGGGAGGAUGUUUCGAGUUAUAAUAUCACCCUUGUUGCCGUGGACACUGGGCCACCCAAUCUGUCCACGGAGACUGUGAUACAGGUGCUAAUAUCUGACAUUAAUGACAAUCCCCCACAAUUUCAGGAAGACUCUUAUAUCUUGACUGUUCGAGAAAAUAACAGUCCUGCAAUUUUGAUUGGUAAAGUUCAUGCUGAGGAUCUGGAUAUGGGUGAAAAUGCUCAAGUAACAUACUCGCUAUUGCCUCCCCAAAGUGGGGACCUAUCAGUCUUUGCUUACCUUUCCAUAAACUCGGACAAUGGGAAGCUCUAUGCACUGAGAACUAUGGAUUAUGAGGCCAUUCAAGAUUUUCAAUUUGUGGUUAAAGCAACGGAUGGGGGCUUUCCAUCACUGAGUAGUGAAGUUACUGUCCGAGUGGUCAUCUUGGAUGAUAAUGAUAACCGCCCAAUGAUUCUAUAUCCACUGCAGAAUGGCACUUUGCCUUGCAAUGACCUGGUGCCCAGGUCUGCAGAGGCAGACUACUUAGUGACUAAAGUGGUAGCUGUGGAUGGUGACUCAGGACAGAAUUCUUGGCUCUCAUAUCAUCUACUUAAAGCCACUGAUCCUGGGUUAUUUUCUGUUCAACAACAAAAUGGAGAGAUCCGCACAUCGAGGCAGAUAUCUGAAAGAGAUCCCAUGAUGCAGAAACUGAUGAUUCUUGUUCAGGAUCAUGGCCAACCAGCUCUUUCCACGACUGCCUCACUCAACAUUCUGCUGGUAGAUGGCUUUUCUGAGCCUUACCUGCAGUUCCGAGAUCCAUCCAAGCAUUCGACAAGGGUAAAUCCAUCCACUAAAUACUUGGUCAUUUCUCUAGCUGUACUUUCCUUUCUCUUUCUCCUCUCUGUCACAGUGAUCUCUGUUAUACACAUUUACCAAAAGAUUUCUACAUAUAAAGAAAAGUUCACAAUUCAAGAGCAUUUCUAUGAUGAUUGUAAUUUCUCUAACAACCUAGUCCAAGGUAGGGCCAAUGGAUCCUUAUCACAGCCUUGUUCCUAUGAAAUGUGCUCAGUCACUGGCACUGGCAACAGUGAGUUUCGGUUUCUUAAACGUUUUAUGCCCAACUUUCCUUUUCCCCAUGGCACUGGAGAGGCCCCAAAUCCUAAUAGGACUAGGUCUCGGGGGUCAGAGAGCCAUGUUCAAGUAGCUGAUGACUAUAUGUAG